GGCGCAAUGGCCGCCAGUCCCUUUGCGACGCACCUCGCGGCAACAUGUCUCCCGUGUGGCUCGUGCUCGCUUUGCUCCCAAUCCUCGGGGGCGCUCAACGAUUCAACUGCCGGGGACGCAUCCUCGGGGCGUACUAUGCCGACGCCAAAUCUGGAUGCAAGGCGUUCCACGUGUGCGUGAGAGUGGCUGGAGGCGGCGUUCGAGACUUCAGGUUCUUCUGUCCCCCUGGUACCUUGUUCCACCAGGAGGCACAGACUUGUACCGACUGGGGCGACGACGACGCCCUGGCCUGUCCGGCAGACAUCUACGAUGGUCAGUUCGAUCUCUACAAGAUCGGAUCUGGUUUUGACACAAAGAAAGUAUCGACUUCCGGAAACCGAGAAGAAGAAACCGAGUUUGGACUUCAGAGAGCAGAAACCGGUGACCGCCGUCUUUCGCAAAACGCUGGAUCAAACAGUGCCGCCUCUGAUCUUCGAGCAGCUCACUCAUCGGACUUUUUCACCGGACAACGGGACCGAGGUCGAGACGAACCGGUAGCCCAAACCCAAUCGCCAACUCCAGUACCACCAGGUCGACCAGCCUUUCAAUCUUUCAGGAGAUCGUCAACAGCACGUGUAACAUAUUCAACGACCCAGUACACCACACCAACCCCUGCCCCAUCUACUAAAUCACAGCCUUCGAGUCCAAAUCAAUACAAUGUUCCCAAACGAAAGAUAAGGAAACGCCCAAUAUACACCCCCACUCCACCACCAACGACUACAGCAGCCCAAUACACUUUCCCUCCACAAACAUAUUCUGAAUCCCCACAACAAAAUGUGAACCGUAAAAAUCCUACCCAUAUCAAGCAGACUCCGACAACCGUAAACAUACCUCCUCAAUACAAAGACGAGUAUGUAGAAGUGAGCAAAGUCCCUGCAAAACAAAACAACAAUAGAUAUUUCUCUAAUAAUCCCUCUCCUACUCCAUUUUCACAAACCACACAGGCGCCUACUAAAAACGAGCCUCUAGUAGAGUUAUAUAACUAUGAAAUUCAGUCCACUCCUGUAACAAACGUUAAUAAUUACAAUAACAACCCAGCGUUCAAGGUGCGAAAUAGUUUCAAUGUACAAUCUGAAUUUUCUAAAGAGCCCGACUAUGUAAAAGUAAGGAACUUAAAUGAUAACAACAACCGAGGUUCACCUACCACUACAGUUGACUACAAUUCUGUCCGCGGCACAAGCACGCCUGCCUACAGGAACUUUAACAGCGUUUCUUAUGAACCAGAAAAGAAUAAUUUUGCUUCAUUUUCAGGUGCCAAACAAAGCUAUUUUAAUAAUCCCACGACCACUGCUGCUUCUACCACUUUUUAUACCACUACCCGUGUCGAUCCCUUCGCUAACUUAAACACCGUGGCUUAUAAUACAAAUAUAGGUUUUAAUACUCAAUCUUCGAAUUACGCUGAGAGCGUAGAAGACGAUGGACAAUAUCGACCGCCCCAAGGCGAGGACGAUGGGCAGUACAGACCGGAACUUUACGAGCGUGAAACAGAAUUGCUAUCAGGCGCCCACUCAUUGAACAUAGCAGCCAGCGGCAAUAGAUUGCCAGAAGAUCAGAAACAGAACAAAAUUCAUUCACAAAAGGUAUCUGCUAAAACGUCUGCCCCUCGACCGUUUAGACCUGCACCGCCGCAGUAUUCAACAACCACUCCUCCACCGGCAUUUGAAUAUACUACUACAAUAAGACCGCGACCCGAACCAACGACACUGCGACCUUUCGAUUAUUACCAAACUUACACGACGACUCAGAGACCUUACGAACCGCCUUCUCCUCAACCUUAUACUUUUGCUCCGUCUAGUAAUGCAGUAAAAAUUACUACUACGUCAGCCCCUAGGACGACUGAACGGCAUCAACCAAGAGAGACAGCACCACCGACUUCGCCUCCUUCAUCGUACUCGUCGAAAUCCACAAAACCGCCAUAUUACUCAAAGGCAAAGCCCAUACGCCAAGAGGACAACAGUUACGACUACGCAUAUUACGAUACAGACCCUGGCUUUUCGGAAUAUGAUCAAAUAGAAGAAUUUGGUAGAACAAAAACUAGAGUAUAAAUAGUUUAUUCAUUGCUUUUACUGCCAUUAUUGUAGUCGCCUCUUUAGAUAACGAAUUAAAACACUGCCUGUACAUGUUUAAUUUCUAAGUUCAGUGUGUUAAUUUUGAGAUUAUUGUAAGGAUUAGGUAAGUGCAAUACCUACUAACAAUUUACAAAAUAGAUCUAAUUUUGCCGCAGUAAAUUACUUUUAAGAAACUAUUUAUAUUCAUUCAAAAAUCGUAUUUAUUUAUUUAAGCACUACUAAUAGAAUCUGUUGUAAAAUAAACAAGUGUUAUCAACCGUUUCUCAUAACUAAAGUUUGUACUCUAACUGUCCAGUUCCACAGUAAUCUAAGGAGGCCUUCCAUUUUAAUGUUACCUUAAAUUAUUAUUUUGUGAUAUUAUUGUGGAUGCUUGUAUUAAAUUAAUUAAGUUAAAACUAUUAAGUAGUAAUUAGGUAAAAUAUUUUUUCAGGUUGUCAUUCAUAUUAUCAGGCAUCUAUCCACUUUCCGGAUAUUUGUAAGAAUUAUUUAGUCCUUUCAUUUGUUUUAAUUUCGCAAAAUAAAUCUAUCAAUAGAUAGACGUUUUAUAUUUAAAUACUUACCCUUUCGUCCAAAUGCAUUCGAUAUAUUUUAUAAUAGAACUACAUAGUAAGGGUAAAUUAUAUGUAUAUCCGGAAAACGGAUGUCAAUAUCCUGGCCAUUAAUUUAAUUUAAAUUAUAAAAUGAUACAGUUAUGUUAAUAUUUGAGUACAAUAAUGAUGAGCUGCUUAAAUUGUAAAAUAUUUCUUUGUAAAUAAAGUUUUUGUAAAAAUGG